CGGACAGUUCUCCAGGUCCGGAAGGUGUUCUCCGCCCGGGCUCAGAAUCCAGGGGCACGGGGCCUUAUGUGUGAGCAAAAUUCCUUGAUAAGAAUAUCCUAGCGACGAGACAACACCAAACUGGGAGCCCGAAAGCCUGGGUUCUGGUCCUGACUGCCAUUAAUUAGCGGAGGAACAUGAACCAGAAGCUACUGAAGUUAGAGAACUUGCUACGAUUUCACACUCUUUGUAGACAGCUGCAUAGCGUGGGUCAGAGAAGAGCAUUGGCACAGUGGAGGCAUGGAUUUUCAUCUGCUUACCCAGUGUGGGCAGCUCAGCUGUAUGCCCGGCCCUUGCAGAUAGACAUGCUCAUCGGGGCUGCUUUAUCUCAAUAUAGGCUUCUAGUAACAAAGAAGGAAGAAAGACCAUGGAAAUCUCAGUUAUCUUCAACAAAAUCAAAAAAGGAGAUAGAAGUAUGGAUUGGAAUGACUGUUGAGGAACUGGCCAGGGCAAUGGAAAAAAACACAGAUUUUGUAUAUGAAGCUUUAUUGAACACUGCUAUUGACAUAGAUUCACUAGAAGCAGACUCACAUUUAGAUGAAGUCUGGAUUAAAGAAGUGAUAAAGAAAGCAGGGAUGAAGUUAAAAUGGAGCAAAUUAAAAAAGGACAAAGUCAGAGAAAAUAAAGAUGCUGUAAGAAGGCCCCAGGCAGAUCCAGCUUUAUUAACCCCAAGGUCCCCAGUUGUUACUAUAAUGGGCCAUGUUGAUCAUGGGAAAACGACGUUACUUGACAAACUUCGAAAAACUCAAGUGGCAGCAAUGGAAGCUGGAGGCAUCACUCAGCACAUUGGUGCCUUUCUUGUCUCUUUGCCUUCUGGAGAAAAGAUAACUUUUCUUGAUACUCCAGGACAUGCUGCUUUCUCAGCAAUGAGAGCCAGAGGUGCUCAGGUCACUGACAUUGUCAUAUUGGUUGUAGCUGCAGAUGAUGGGGUGAUGAAGCAAACUGUAGAAUCUAUUCAGCAUGCAAAAGAUGCUCAAGUUCCUAUUGUCCUUGCCAUAAACAAAUGUGACAAAGCUGAGGCUGAUCCUGAAAAAGUGAAAAAAGAGCUGCUGGCUUAUGAUGUGGUGUGCGAAGAUUGUGGAGGUGAUGUUCAAGCGGUGCAUGUCUCUGCACUUACGGGUGACAAUCUGAUGGCUUUGGCAGAAGCAACAAUUGCUCUCGCAGAAAUGUUAGAAUUGAAAGCAGAUCGCACUGGUCCAGUGGAAGGAACAGUAAUAGAGUCUUUCACAGACAAAGGAAGAGGUCCUGUUACUACAGCUAUAAUCCAAAGAGGAACUUUGAGAAAAGGCUCAGUUCUGGUUGCUGGAAAGAGCUGGGCAAAAGUACGGUUAAUAUUUGAUGAAAAUGGAAAAACAAUCAGUGAGGCCUAUCCCAGCAUGCCAGUGGGAAUUAUAGGCUGGAGAGACCUUCCUUCUGCAGGGGAUGAAAUUCUUGAAGUAGAAUCUGAGCCAAGGGCACGUGAAGUUGUUGACUGGAGGAAAUAUAUGCAAGAACAGGAGAAAAGUAAAGAGGAUCUCAAAGUAAUAGAAGAAAAGCGAAAAGAACACCAAGAAGCACAUCGGAAAGUCCGUGAGAAGUAUGGCUCUUUGCAUUGGAAGGAGAGAUCAUUUAAAGAGUAUCUAGAAAGAAAAGAAGGAAAACCUUUAAAGCCAAAAGAGAAAAUAGAAAGAGAUUCAAAUACAUUUCCUGUAAUAAUUAAAGGUGAUGUCGAUGGCUCAGUUGAGACCCUUUUAAACAUUAUGGAUACCUAUGAUGCUUCACACGAGUGUGAACUGGAAUUAGUACAUUUUGGAGUGGGUGAUAUUAGUGAAAAUGAUGUUAACCUUGCUGAAACAUUUAGCGGUGUUAUAUAUGGCUUUAAUGUGAAUGCAAGCAAUGUUAUCCAGCAGUCUGCUGCAAAAAAAGGAGUAAAAAUUAAACUUCACAAAAUCAUUUACCGUCUUAUUGAAGACUUGCAGGAGGAACUGAGCAGCAGAUUGCCCUGCACUGUGGAAGAACACCCAGUAGGUGAGGCUUCUAUACUAGCUACCUUCUCUAUAACAGAAGGGAAGAAAAAACUUCCUGUGGCUGGCUGCAGAGUCCAAAAGGGACAGUUAGAAAAACAGAGAAAAUUUAAAUUAAUCCGUAACGGACAUGUUAUUUGGAAGGGCUUGUUAACCUCACUGAAACACCAUAAAGAUGACGUUUCAGUCAUCAAAACUGGAAUGGACUGUGGUCUCAGUUUAGAUGAAGAAAAGAUUGAAUUUAAAGUGGGAGAUCAAAUUAUUUGUUAUGAAGAAAAGCAAGUUCUAGCUAAGACUUCUUGGGAUCCAGGAUUUUAAGAUACAUUAAAAAUGUACAU